UAUCCAAAGGACAAGAAAGAAAUUCCAAAAGGGGAUAAUAAGAAAUCAUCAGAAGCUAAAGAUGAAUCAAGUGCCGGUGAUCAAGCGAAUGGCCAGGAUAGUUCUUCAAAGCAAUUUCAGAAUUUAAUUAUGCCAUUAUUGUUUAUUGGGUAUGUGCUUUCAUCCAUACUGCUGAGUCCUCGUGAGCAGAAUCAGAUUAGUUUCCAAGAGUUCAAGACCAAGCUACUUGAACCAGGUCUUGUUGAUCGAAUUGUUGUCUCCAACAAAUCAGUUGCAAAAGUUUAUGUGAAGGAUUCAUCUCCUGGUGCUAAUGAUGCUGUCCAAGGUCCUGCAUGUCCCAGUUCCAGAAGAAAUGUGAGCAAGUACAAGUAUUAUUUCACCAUUGGAAGUGUUGACUCCUUUGAGGAGAAACUGGAGGAAGCCCAGGAGGCACUAGGGAUAGAUCCUCACAAUUAUAUCCCUGUGACCUACGCAGACGAGAUGAAUUGGCUUCAAGAGCUUUCGAAGUUUGGACCAACAUUGUUGAUUUUAGCUGCACUUGUCUACAUGGGACGGAAAGUGCAGGGUGGUUUGGGUGUUGGAGGUCCUGGUGGGAAAGGGGCGCGUGGAUCUUUAACAUUGGAAAGGCCACAUGUUACAAAAUUGGAUAAGAACUCCAAAAAUAAGGUUUACUUUAAAGAUGUAGCUGGUUGUGAUGAGGCAAAGCAAGAAAUCAUGGAGUUUGUCCUCCUCAAGAACCCCAAAAAGUACGAGGAGUUAGGUGCUAAAAUUCCUAAAGGUGCUCUACUUGUUGGUCCUCCUGGAACUGGGAAAACACUUCUUGCUAAAGCAACUGCUGGAGAAUCUGAUGUGCCAUUCCUAUCCAUUUCUGGGUCAGAUUUUAUGGAAAUGUUUGUUGGAGUAGGGCGCAGGGUCAGGAGCUUAUUUCAAGAGGCUAGACAGUGUGCACCCAGUAUAAUCUUUAUUGAUGAGAUUGAUGCAAUUGGUCGCAAGGGGCGUGGGGGUUUCUCUGGGGGCCAUGAUGAGCGUGAAAGUACGCUUAAUCAGUUGCUUGUAGAAUUGGAUGGAUUUGGAACCACUUCUGGUGUAGUGGUACUUGCGGACAACAGGCCUGAUAUCUUAGACAAAGCUCUGUUAAGGCCUGGUAGAUUUGAUCGUCAAAUUUCUAUAGAUAAGCCCGAUAUUAAGGGGCGGGACCAGAUAUUUAGGAUCUUGAACAAGUUGAAACUUGAUCAAGAUGCCUCAUACUACUCUCAAAGGCUUGCUGCUCUGACUCCUGGAUUUGCUGGAGCUGACAUUGCGAAUGUCUGCAAUGAAGCUGCUCUGAUUGCCGCUAGGAAUGAGAGUACAGUGAUCACGAUGCAACAUUUCGAGGCAGCAAUAGAUAGGGUCAGGGGUCUGGAGAAGAAGAACAAGGUUAUCAGCAAGUUAGAACGACAAACUGUGGCUUACCAUGAAUCUGGUCAUGCUGUUGCUGGUUGGUUUCUGGAACAUGCAGAACCGUUGCUUAAAGUAACAAUUGUUCCUCGUGGUACUGCUGCUCUUGGUUUUGCUCAGUACGUUCCAAGUGAGAACCUUUUGAUGACCAAAGAGCAGCUAUUUGAUAUGACUUGCAUGACACUUGGUGGUCGAGCAGCAGAACAGGUCCUGCUGGGGAAGAUUUCAACUGGAGCACAAAAUGAUUUGGAGAAAGUUACCAAAAUGACUUACGCCCAAGUGGCAGUGUAUGGUUUCAGUGACAAGGUUGGUCUCCUUUCCUUUCCUCAAAGGGAUGAUACCUUUGAAAUGAGCAAGCCCUACAGCAGCAAGACGGCAGCUAUUAUUGACAAUGAAGUUAGAGAGUGGGUGAGCAAGGCAUAUGAGCGCACUAUACAGCUGAUAGAGGAGCACAAGGAUCAUGUUGCUCAGAUUGCUGAAUUAUUACUCGAAAAGGAGGUUUUACAUCAUGGGGAUUUGGUCCGCGUGCUGGGUGAACGUCCAUUCAAGAGCAGUGAGCCCACAAACUAUGAUAGGUUCAAGGAAGGGUUUAUAGAAGAUGAUAAAGAAGUAGUAAAAGAUUCUCCAGAAGGUAAGUCUGUACAGGAUGAUAGCUCGCCACCUUUGGACCCAGAUGUUGUUCCAGCGUAGUUGGGGGUGAGAGACAGUGGCUUGAAAAUGAGAGCAGGUUGAACACUUUAUACGCCUGAUCUGUUCGCUGCCUGCGCCCUCUAUUUGCAGCACGGUGAAUUUGUAAAUUCAAUGACUUGUGCAAUUAAAAGUUUAGGGGAUUUUAUGUCUUCAACGAAUAGCGUCCUUUAUGCUAUCCCGUUGUCAACAUUGAUAGGUAGUGGAUGUAGUUUUGAGACAAGGUCUCGUGGUUAAACCGGAGAAAAUCUAACUUUUCCAAAAUUGAUACGAAUGGGUGGAUCAUCAGGUGAAUCGACUUUCAGCAUGUCAAACACUGCUUUUGCAGUUUAGCUCACAUCUUGUUUUUACAAUUAAAUGCAUGUAUAAAUAAUUGUUUAAAAAAAUGGUUCCACUGACUAACGUUCUGUUUA